AUGGCCCAGUUUGGCCAGUGGCAGGCCUCACUGCACCCAAUCCGCGUCGACGUCGUUGGCGACUUUGCCGGCAGAGGCGUGUUCGCCAUCCACGGAGAGGCACUUCUCACCUACUGUCUGGAGAGUUCCCGCGUUGACUUUGACUACGGCUUUCAGCUCCUGCACGCCAUCCAUGCCGUUGAGACCUUUCUCGUAAAGCUGAAGGAGCGGAGAUGCAUCUUCAACCUCCUCUGGUUUGGGAAAGAGGCCGACGUGUGCAUUCCUGGCAACAUUCGGAUCGACAGCGCCAAAACCAGCAAAUACCGUCUUGCACGUGCUGUGCUCAUCCAGCAUUUCGCUGGCCCGACCGUUUCCGGGGGCGAGCCCAGUCCAGCUGGGUUCAGCUAUGUGUUUCUGUCCAAGAAGAUGUGGGCUUGA